GUGACCAGAUCAAAACUGUGACGGACCACAUCCAGGAGAAGUUUGAAGUCAGCUUUCUUAACCAGUGCCCACUUCAAUUGAUCGACUUCGACUUCCCAAAGCCCGACUUUCUUGUCGCAGUGGGCAACGUCAUGGGCAGCCUUCAGGACUUCUUGAACAAGGUCGAGAGGACCAUGAACAAGGAGCAUUGCAUCGAGUACGACUGGCCCAAGUCCGAGAUUCGGCACGCAUGCUCGCGGGUGUGUGUCAAGACCCCCAGAAGUGGUCGCCGCCGCCGAUGGUCUGGCAUCAAGUGGAAGAAGUCGUGUGCCACGACAUGCAUCCCGUACACACACUUCUGGGUCGAGAGAAAGCGACACUGCUUCAGCGCGAAGAAAGUCCUGGAUGGUAUCUCUGGUGCACUAAAGGCCGCGUUUGGGCCCAUCUUGAAAGUCAUCCAGGCCGCCAUUGACGCGCUUCUGAAACCGGUGCAGAACUUACUAGCUGGGAUUGUGGACGAGAUCAUGAAGCCCUUGGAGAAAAUGAA